GGAAGUGGAUUACACAUCAGUGCCAUUCUCCAUCGCUAAUGUCCCUCUCCAGUCAGUGAAAUAUGGUGAGGUUUGUCCAUAAAGAGCAACCUGAGAUCACGAUGGACUAUGUAAAUAUGCCUGAGGAGUCAGCCAGAAGGGAUGCCCUCAAGAGAUGUUCUGGUGAGGAUGGUGGAGUCACUGCUGCAGCGCCUGGAAAAAAACUGUACCGACUGGUUGCUGUGAGCUUUGGACUCUUGUGUGUCCUACAAGCUGCUCUCAACAUUUCCCUGCGUCUCGCUCUCUACAGCCCUUACAAGACAAGAGAUAUAGAGGUCUGCAAAAACCUGAUUGAAGAGAGUGACAAGCUUAAGGAGAAACUGAUUAACUUUAAUUACCUUUUCCAACAAGGGUGGGUCUAUUUCCAUCCCAGUUUCUAUUACAUUUCUUCUACCAAGAAAUCCUGGAACGACAGCAGAGAAGACUGUCUGCAAAGAGGUGCAGACCUGAUGGUAAUCAACAGCAAAGAAGAACAGUUUUUCUCUGUAAACAAGGACUUCACAAGAAAAUUCAACAAGUUCAUGUGGAUUGGACUGACAGACAGAGAAACCAAAGGGAUGUGGAUAUGGGUGGAUGGCACUCCGCUGGACAAAAGCUAUUGGACCCCUGGGGAGCCCAAUGCUUAUGAAGACAAAAAUGAGGACUGUGUAGAAUUAAAGUCCCAUGAUAUUGAGAACAGCUGGAAUGAUAUACCAUGUGAAGACGAAAACUUCUGGAUCUGUGAAAAAUGAUUUUUCGAUGAUGUUCACAAAUUCCCAUUUCACAUACAGUACAGUAUUUCAUAAUCCUAUGACUCUGUAACCUGUGACCAAGCUGUGCCUCUGUCUCUAUGAGUAAUAUAUAGCCAUUGGACUAGAUACAGUAUAUGUCUAUUAAUAAUAGAUCGUUUAUAGUAGACUACAACUCAGAGUGACAUUUCUUGACUGGAUGCUUUAUAUUCAGCUUUCUGGGGAGUUGUUGUCCACAAUGCUCUGAAUCCCACCUGCUCAGGCAAUGUAAGAAAAUGAAUGAAGAAGUAUGCCUUUCUGAAAACUAAUUCAUUUAAUAAAGUUUUUACUUCGCACAUAUAAUAAAAAAAAAUUUUGUUGUGUGAGUGAGUUGAUUGCUUGGUAUAAUGUAAUAAGGGUAGAAAGGUGAAAAACUAAUAAAAUCUAACCACAGAUCAAUCAAUGCCAGGAGACUUGCCCUAUAGAUGUGGGUGCAAUAACCACUGAUCAGCCAUAACAUCAUGACCACCUGCCUAAUAUUGUGAAGGUCCCCCUUUAGCUGCCAAAACAGCCCUGACUGGUUGAGUCAUGGACUCCACUAAACCUCUGAAGGUGUGCUGUGAUAUCUGCUAACAACACGUUAGCAGAUCCUUUAAGUCCUGUAAAUUGUGCGGUUGGGUCUCCAUGGAUUGGACUUGUUUGUCCAGCACAUCCCACAGAUGCUCGAUUGGAUUGAGAUCUGGGGAAUUUCGGAACAUCUGCCAAAGCAUCACACUGCCUCCGCUGGCUUGCCUCUUACCAUAGUGCAUCCUGGUGCCAUGUGUCCCCCAGGUAAGCGACACGUAUGCACCCGGCCAUCAACAAGAUGCCAAAGAAAACGUCAUUCAUCAGACCAGACCACCUUCUUCCAUCUCUCCGUGGUCCAGAUCUAAUGCUCACAUGCUCCUUGUAGGUGCUUUCAGCAGUGGACAGGGGUCAGCAUGGGCACCCUGACUGGUCUGUGGCUACGCAGCCCUCAUACCAACAGACUGUGACACUCUUUAUGUUCUGACACCUUUCUUUCAGAACCAGCAUUAACUUUUGGACUUGAGCCUUUUGACUUGAAAAUGAUACCUUCCCCCAAGAGUGUGUUAUUUGAAACGUGUGCCAUUAAUCAAUUAAUUUCCUAAAACAAUUAACGUUAACAAUGUCCAUUCCCAGCAAGUCCACACUUAUUCCCCAAAUCCACUUUGUUUGAACCAAUCAAGUUGCAGGAAAGAAGAACAAACUUUACGUUAAAAAUAAUCUAGUUUCAUUCCCUCUGUUGUUAAGAUGGCUUUAGAUUUGGUUUAGAGCACAUUAUGACUUGUUUAGGACUUUGGACUUGCCUAGGGACUUGCAAACCAAUGACUUGGUCCCACCUCUACAUAUUGCUUCAUAAUAGCUAGGAGCUGAACUGCAUGAGGGCAGUGGAGUUACAAGAGAUUCAAACGAGGGGCAAGAAGCAAUGAAAAGAGUUGAAAUAGCAUUUACAGUUAAAAAGUGAUUUUCUAUUCUGAACAGUGAAUUAGACCCUGCAUUCACACCAUUAAAAUAUAAUAAAUAAAGAGAAACUGAAAUUCAUCCAGUUAUGUUUUAUUCUCAGACAGCCAACCAGUCAGCAGAGGGAAGAGGAGGAGGACAGUCACUUCCAACAGCACACGCCAUCUUUAAACAGAAACAGGGGUGAUCUGAUUUCCCACCCAAACUAACUGUUAUCAUGUGACCACAAUCUCAUACCUAAAUAAGAUGUAACAACUAAAUCCUCAUCUGCUGACGAAGGCAAGAUGUGCAAGAGGUGGUUAAAAGCUUCAGAAACAAGUUGGACCUUGCACUGAGGUUUAUGGUUCAAAAACAACGGCAGCUGUGGUCUUGUAUUUCAGACAGGUGAUGAAGAGUUGUCAGAAACCCCCAGUUCAACUUUUAAGUACAUCAUAUAUUUUUUCACCAUUUACUGUUAUAACCUAAGAUGUUGAAACAUUUAGCAACAUUUUUAUAUCAUAUUGCAAUAAUGCAGUUUAUUGCUUUUACUGUUUGUAGAUAUCAUACAACUUAUUAUUGGUAAUGAAAUAUUCAAGCUGUGUACAUUUAGUCUCUGAGUCAUUGUUUGUCUUGUUUCCAAAAAGAACAUCUUCACACCAUCUCAAGUUAAAGGCACACUAUGCAAGAUUUUUACCUUAAUAUAACAGCUUCGAAGUCAUUUCGAUGGUAAACAAACUCAUAGUAUAGCGAAUCAUCCCAAUAGCAAAGCAGGAGAGGGACGCCGCUGGCAGAACCAGCAAUGCAAGUCUGAAAUCUCGCGAGAAUCACAAAUUGCUUUACGGCAUUCACUCAGACAUUACCUGGUCAGUAGACAUCUUCGGAGUCUGUCUUUACCCACCUAGAGCCGGAGGAUCUGUCCUAGGUUUCUGCCUUUUAACAGGCAGUUUUUCCUUGCCCUUGUCGCCAAGUGCUUGCUCAUGGUGGUACUGUUGGGUCUCUGUAAUUAAUGUUAAGGAGUUCGGUCUAGACCUGCUCUAUUUGAAAAGUGUCCUGAGAUAACUUCUGUUAUGAAUUGGCCCUAUACAAAUAAAAUUGAAUUGAAUUGAA